AGGACUAACGAACCCACCAAACGACACACGCAUAGCAAUGAAUCCGCGGCCUACGAUAACGAAAAUUUUAAUGGUUCAACAGUCACCAUUGCACCAGAAGAAAAGAAUUACAGCAACAAUUAUUUAGUUAUAGAAGAAGAUGCUCACAAAUCUUCCCUAAUUUAUACCGUUAAACGAAUCGUAUCGAGCGCGAAAAACAGAAUAAAAAAAGGAUGUACGAAGAAAGUUCUACACAAACGGCUGCCGAUCUUGAAUUGGCUGCCCAAGUACAAUGCAUCCUGGGCGAUCGGGGAUUUCAUCGCCGGCAUUACCGUCGGACUGACGUUGAUACCGCAGGGGUUGGCCUAUUACACCAUUAUAGGUUUACCACCGGAAUACGGCUUGUACAGCUCCUUCUUGGGUUCCUUCGUGUACAUAUUUUUCGGAAGCUGCAAAGACGUCCCGUACGGCCCUUCGGCUCUAAACGCCCUGCUGGCCGCCCAGUCGAUAAAAGGCAAAGGCCCCGAGCACGCGAUUUUGCUCUGCUUUCUAUGCGGCCUUAUCCAAAUUAUAAUGGGCCUAGUUGGUCUGGGCUUUAUAAUCGACUUUGUGUCCGGGCCUGUGUCGUCCGGUUUCACGUCAGCUGCGGCAUUAAUAAUCGUCACGUCCCAAGUGAAAGAUAUCUUAGGCAUAAGGCCUAAGGGCAGUACUUUUGUGGAGACUUGGACGAGUAUCAUUCACGAAUUUCCUAACACUCGAACGUGGGACGCUGUGAUGGGAUUUUCCUGUAUUUUCUUACUCAUUGUUAUGAAGAUAAUAGGCGCCCAGAAGGUGGGCACAGCAAAUGAGAAACCUUCCACUUACCAAAAAAUAUUGAACAAUGUACUAUGGACGAUCGGAACAGGUCGCAAUGCAAUACUAGUGGUAAUUUGCGGGUGUAUAGGAUAUAUUUACUGCGACAAAGGAGACUCUCCGUUUCUUAUAAUCGGAGACAUUCCCCAAGGUUUGCCCGAAAUCAAACCGCCGCCUUUCGGCUACGAAACCCACGUAAACGGCACCACCACCUACGUUUCCUUUUUCGAAAUGGUCUACAACUUAGGCAGCGGCAUCAUCAUCGUCCCAAUCGUCGGGAUAUUAGAGAACAUAGCGCUCUGUAAAGCUUUCGCGAAAGGUAAACCCGUGGACGCCACGCAAGAGCUGAUAGCCAUCGGUUUGUGCAACGUCGGCAACUCCUUCGUGCAAGGAUACGCGGGCACCGGCGCCCUGGGGCGCGGCGCCGUGAACAACGCCAGCGGCGUCAGGACCCCCUUCGGAGGUCUCUACACGGGGUUGCUCGUUAUAGCGGCUCUCUUGUUCUUCACUCCCUAUUUCUACUACAUACCUAACGCCGUCCUGGGCGCGGUCAUUAUAGCGGCUACAGUUUUUAUGGUGGAAGUUAAGGUGAUCAAACCUUUAUGGAGGACGAAAAAAAGUUGUUUUAUUAUAUUCAUAGUGACGUUUGUAUCCUGCCUCGUUCUGCGAUUGGAAAUUGGCAUUUUGAUUGGAAUUGGUAUAAACAUUUUGCUGAUACUGUAUCAUUCUGCUAGGCCAAAGAUUUCAGUAGAAAAACUAAAAACGAAUGGUGGGAUAGAGUACCUCCUCCUGGCGCCGGAUAGAUGCCUGAUAUUCCCAUCGGUGGAGUACGUGAGGAAUUUGGUGACGAAGCACAGCAUCAGGCAGAGUGUGCCGGUGGUGCUGGAUUGUUCGCACAUCUACGGCGCCGAUUUCACCGCCGCCACGGUCGUGGAGACUCUGAUAAAGGACUUUGCGACGAGGGACCAGAUACUGUUCUUCUACAACCUCAAACCGUCGGUGUGCUCGGUGUUCGAGGGAUUGUCGCCGAAGGGGUUCGUGGUUUAUUACAAUCCCGACGAUCUGGACGAGUUGCUUGUUAAGUAUAUUAAAGGGGAAAAUGUGAAGAGAAAACCCGCAGUUAUCUGCACUUAUUAG